CCGCAGCUGCUGUGAUUCCCCGCAGACAUUUAGGAGCCGAGCCGCUGAGCCCGACCCGACACCAGCCCUCUCAGCUCCCCGCCGGUGCACCCCCAGACAGCAAGCCGCCCAGCAGCCGCUCCACCCGGCGAAGAUGUCCAAAGACGCGGAGGGAAAGAGCGAGAGAAUCAUGGAGGUGGAGGGCAAGGUGCUUUGGUACCCGGACUCCAAGAGGAACACGCAGAUGGACACGUUCAGGACGCAGGUCAACGGGAACCACGGGCUUAAUCUGGCUAACUACAGCGACCUGUACCAGUGGUCCGUGGACAGCUACCCAGAGUUCUGGGCGGAGGUGUGGAGCUUCUGUGGAGUCGUCAGCUCCAAGCCGUACGAGGAGGUGGUGGACGCAUCCAAGCGGAUCUCAGAUGUUCCAGAGUGGUUUCAAGGGGCUCGGCUCAACUACGCUGAGAACCUGCUCAAACAUGCAGACCAGGACAAAGUGGCUCUCUACGCUGCAAGCGAGGCAAAUGACGAGAUCGUGAAGGUGACGUUUGGGGAGCUGAGGCGUGACGUGGCAGUGUUCGCUGCAGCCAUGAGGAAGAUGGGCGUCCAGCCUGGAGACAGGGUUGUAGGCUACCUACCCAAUGGCGUCCAUGCAGUGGAGGCCAUGUUGGCCGCCGCCAGCAUCGGAGCCGUGUGGAGCUCCACGUCUGUCGACUUUGGCGUCAACGGCGUCCUUGACAGGUUUUCUCAAAUCCAGCCCAAACUCAUCUUCUCGGUGUCCGCCGUGGUUUACAACGGCAAAACACACGACCACAUGGAAAAGCUCAUCAGUGUCGUCAAAGGUUUGCCUGACCUGAAGAAAGUGGUUGUCAUCCCCUACGCUCGCUCCAAACACGAGACUGACCUCUCCAAGAUCCCCAACAGUGUGUUUAUAGACGAUUUCUUGGCGUCCGGACGAGGGGACGGUGACCAGUUUCCUCAGCUGGAGUUUGAGCAGCUUCCGUUCAAUCAUCCUCUGUACAUCAUGUACUCGUCUGGAACCACAGGGGCUCCUAAAUGCAUGGUGCAUUCUGCUGGGGGCACGCUCAUCCAACACUUGAAGGAACACAUCAUCCAUGGCAAUAUGACCAGCAGUGAUGUCAUCAUCUACUACACAACGACUGGCUGGAUGAUGUGGAACUGGCUGGUGUCGGCUCUGGCAACGGGAGCCUCAGUGGUUUUGUAUGACGGUUCACCACUGAUGCCCACACCUGAUGUACUGUGGAACCUGACGGACCAGCUAAGCAUCACCAUCUUUGGAACCGGGGCCAAGUGGCUGUCUGUGCUGCAGGAGAAGAACCUGAAACCCGCGGAAACACACAACCUCCAGUCGCUCCACACCAUCCUGUCGACCGGCUCUCCUCUCAAGCCUCAGAGCUACGACUACGUCUACCGCUGCAUCAAGAGCAACGUGUUGCUGGGCUCCAUCUCAGGCGGCACUGACAUAGUGUCAUGUUUCAUGGGUCAGAACCCAACAGUUCCAGUGUAUCGAGGCGAGAUCCAAGCACGGAACCUCGGCAUGCCUGUGGAAGCCUGGAGCCUUGAUGGUAAGCCUGUAUGGGGAGAAAGCGGGGAGCUUGUUUGCCUUAAACCGAUCCCCUGUCAGCCAACACACUUCUGGAAUGACGAGAAUGGGAGCAAGUACCACAAAGCAUACUUUUCAUCGUACCCUGGUGUAUGGGCUCAUGGAGAUUACUGUAAAAUCAACCCAGAGACAGGGGGCGUGGUCAUGCUGGGCAGAAGCGACGGAACACUGAACCCAAACGGAGUCCGGUUCGGCAGCUCGGAGCUCUACAACAUCGUGGAAGCUUUUGAGGACGUGUCAGACAGCCUGUGUGUUCCUCAGUACAGCGCAGAUGGGGAGGAGCGGGUUAUUCUGUUCUUGAAGAUGGCUCCUGGAAAGCCCUUCUGUCCGGAGCUGGCAGCGAGGAUUAGAGGAGCCAUCAGAAAAGCUUUGUCCGCCCGACACGUCCCCGCGCUGCUGCUGGAGACCCGAGACAUUCCUUACACCAUCAGCGGUAAGAAGGUGGAGGUGGCUGUGAAGCAGGUGAUCGCCGGCCGGGAGGUGGCGCAGAGAGGGGCUUUCUCCAACCCGGACUCACUGGACCUUUUCAAGAACAUUCCUGAGCUGCAGAACUUCUAGAGCCGAGAGAAAGACCAACGAAGAAGAACCCCCGGACGAGACUUCAGCUUAGUUUUUAAAUUAUGUAUUUGAAUCUGCAGGAACAGGGAGACGUGCAGAGUGCAGAGAAAGGGUCGUUAACCAAGGAGACCUGAGCAUUUGUACAGGGAUCCAAAACAAAAAAUUAUGUAUGUCAAAGUGAUUUGGUACAAAUAAUUUGUAUAUAUAAUAAUACAUUUGUAGUAUCAGGUCAAACCAUGAGGUGCACUGCUGCAAUCACAGGAUCAAACACUCUCCUUGUCUGUUGUGCAGGUAAAUGUUGUCGUGGAUUCAGCUUUUGGUUUCAUAUAACAUAACUGAAUCGUGAAAUUCAACUUUAAGCUCUUGGCUUCGGCUCCACUCUCUGAUUGUUGUCAGCCAGUGAUGAACCUCAGAAUGUCUCUGUGUCGCCUGCUUCGACCCCGGUGAUGGUUUCUGAGUUGGUCCCAGUCAUCUCCGCUCUGCAGACAACUACUGGGAUCCCCCUCUCAUCGUUAUGUCUUUCUUUAUGACAUGUAUAUAUGAAUAUGAAUAUAUAUUUUUUGGACUGUGACGCAUGAUAAGUAUGCAUUUAAAGAUGGUGACCUAAAACUGUAAGUUAUUCACAGGUUCGAGUCCCAACAUGCCACAAGAUACAGAGUGUCCCAAUUCAGGGGCCCCUGGGCUGUGCAGGCCGCGAAGGUCCGACUGAAAGGAAACGGUGUCGCCUACGGAGGGUUUCCGUAAUUUGCGUUCCCGCCUGGUCCCGCCUUUAUCGCUGUCGCCUAUGAUGCGUAGCCCGCGAAGGUCGAACCAUAAGAAAAGGAUCUGGUCUACGGAGGAUUUCCUUAACUGUCAUCACCUUGUCCCCCCCGACGAGAAAGUUUCAACGCC